AUGGCGCGGGAGGCCAUGGACGGCUUCUUGCUGAAGGGCCACGAGCUGAUUGUGAAGAGUCCAAUGACAGAAGAAGAAAGAUCUCUUUGGAAAGAAACGCGAGACGCCAUUGCCCGCGGCGAAGACCGGCUGCUUCGCCUCAAGCGCAACCGCCUGCCCCAGGCAAUUAGGGAGGCAAAGGGGCUGUUUGGAACGGCGCCAUUUCAGAAAGACACCCAAGAAGCCAUUCAGGCCUCUCACCCCGACGACAUAAUAAACCAGGGCCGAGUUGUCCGCGUCACAAAUCUCCCAGAAAACUUUUCUGAAGAAGAUGUUAAACAAAUAAUGGAAGUGUUUGGGCCGAUAAUGGCGAUAAAUUUGUUUUCGCAUUUGGGAGAAGUUUUAAUUCACUUUUAUCAAAAAGAUGAUGCAGCAAAAGCCAUUAGUACCAUGGAUGGUUUUCUUGUAGCAAGUUAG